AUGGUAAAGCAGUGCAGUCUCCAAAGUGUAUUUAAAAAAUGUAGGGGCCUCCACGGCAAAGGCUCGGCCCCCGGCCCGCCAGGUCUGGGGGCGGUGCCAUCGUCACCGUCCCGGGAGGGCUCUUCAGAGGUGGGCCUGCCGCUAUGGGCAGCCCUGGACGAGCAGAUUCUGCAGGAGGCCAUCCAGGCCUCCCUCCUGGAGGAGUCUGCGCAGGGCCCCGGGAGCCCGCUCUGGUUGCCCAAGUCCUCCGUGUCCUCUCUACGGCUGCAGCAGCUGGAGCGCAUGGGCUUCCCCACGGAGCAGGCGGUGGUAGCGCUGGCAGCCACGGGCCGCGUGGAAGGCGCCGUGUCCCUGCUGGUCGGGGGGCAGGUGGGCACCGAGGCCCUGGUGGCUGACGGGAGGGGGUCUGUCCACCCCAACGGCCCUGGGCCCCCCUAGCACAGGCAGGUCCUCCCCCCUGCCCUUUUACAAUAAAAACCUGCUCACUUUA